AUGUCUGACGUGUAUAUUGUGUCUGUCGCCCGUACGCCUAUUGGCAGUUUACUUGGCAAUCUGAGUUCUUUGAACUACGUUGACCUUGGCUCCCAUGCUGUCAAGGCGGCUCUGAGUCGUGCUCCUCAACUCAAGGCCGAGGACGUUGACGAGAUCAUCUUUGGCAACGUCUACUCUGCCAACGUUGGCCAGGCUCCUGCUCGUCAGGUCGCGCUCAAGUCUGGUCUGAGCACCCGCGUUGUGGCCACCACCAUCAACAAGGUUUGCGCCUCGGGUCUCAAAGCCAUCAUGCUCGGUGCACAGGUUAUCAUGACCGGCGGCGCUGAUGUUGUGGUUGCAGGUGGCGCCGAGAGCAUGACCAACGUGCCUCACUACGUCCCCAACAUGCGCACUGGCGUCAAAUUCGGCGGUGCAGGCAUUGUUGAUGGUAUUGAGCGCGAUGGUCUCCACGACGCAUACUCGGCUGAGCCCAUGGGUGUAGCUGCCGAGGACACUGCUGCCGAGCACAAUGUUUCUCGUGAACAGCAGGACGACUACGCUGUUGAGACGUAUAAGCGUGCUCAGGCUGCCACCAAGGCCGGCAAGUUCACCGAGAUCGCCCCCAUUGAGAUCCCUGGUGUUCGUGGCAAGCCCGGCAAGACCAUCUCUGAGGACGAAGAGCAGUCCCGUCUCGACGAGGCUCGUUUACGCACCGCCCGCACUGUUUUCAAAAAGGACGGCACGGUUACUGCACCCAAUGCCUCCCCCAUCAACGACGGUGGUGCCGCUGUUAUUCUGGUUUCCGCCGCCAAGGUCAAGGAGCUUGGCCUCAAGCCCUUGGCCCGCGUUGUUUCCUUUGCUGAUGCCGCUCAGGAGCCCAUCAAGUUCCCUACCACCCCUGCUCUUGCUACCAAAAAGGCCCUUGAGCGUGCCAAGCUGUCGGUCGACGACAUUGACUACUUUGAGUUCAACGAGGCGUUCAGCGUGGUUGGUGUUGCCGUGAGCAAGCUCCUCAACGUGCCUGCCGAGAAGGUCAACGUUUACGGUGGUGCUGUUGCCCUCGGCCAUCCUCUGGGCUGCUCGGGUGCUCGUAUUGUCACCACCCUCACCUCGGUCCUUCGUCAGGAGGGCGGCCGCUACGGUGUUGCAUCCAUCUGCAACGGCGGUGGCGGUGCCUCUGCGAUCGUCAUCGAGAACUUGCUCCCUCAAUCCCAGCUGUAA